AUGUCAAAGAUUCAUCCGAUGAAGAGCUCAUUGACUGCUCUUGUGCGGUACCUCUCUAGUAAUCAUAAAAAUAAUAAAAAUGAAAAUGUGAAUGUUAUUUUGGCUGAUGCUUUAAACUUAUUAUCACCAAAGGGAUCUCCACCACCUAACAAUUAUAAACCUUCAUUAUUCAAUAAUUUAACUAAGGGUUCUGCCGCUGAACAAUUUAAACCAGAAGAUUUUAUUCCUCCUAGCAUUGUAAAUACUACAAGUACUGAUUUAACAAGUCAAUAUGUUAGUAGUUUGUUAUUAGGGAUAAAAGUAUCUAGUAUAUCCAAUAAAUUGAAUAUCAACUUAUCUCAAAUGACUUUACAUGAAUUAUCAAAUUUUAUUAAAUCAGUUAAUCAAGAAAAGAAAUUGUUUGACUUGAUGGAAAUUUUAUAUUCACAAAAUAAAUUAUCAUUUAAAUGUUUGACGGAUAUAAUAUUAAAUCCAAAUUUCAAACAUUUAGAUAAGAGUCCAAUAGAUAUUGUUCAAUUAGUUAAGAAAUGGGAUAAUCCAAUACAUCAAGUUCAGUUUAAUAUUAUAUUAUUAAAGAAAUAUCAUGAUUUAAAGAAACAAUCACAUAUUGAAAUGAAUUUAAAACAAUAUUUUCAUUCCUCUUAUUACCCAUUAAUACAAUUAAAGAAAUUAUCACCAUUUUAUGAGAGAAUUGUAUGGAGAUUUGAACUAGAAUAUGGUAAGGAUUACGAUUCUUCUCAUUAUAUUGAAGAAUUGGGUAACUUACAAUCUUCAUUCUUAAUUUGGGAAUCUUCUACUGAAAACAAUAAAAGCAUAUUAUCUAAGAUUCUCGAGACACACAGAUCAGAAUUAAAUCAACUACAAACAUUAUUUCUUGAAGUUAGCAAUCAUGAUAUAUUUCAAAAUAAGAUAUCUCAAGAAUUGUCAACUAAUUCUAGAUCUCCUACAUUAUCAACUUUAAAGAAAAUUUCCAUAAAACAUCAAAUCUCUAAUUUGAAUUAUGCAGCUAAUGAUGAAAAUGUAAGAUUGACGCAUUAUUCAGUAGUCAACAAAUUAGAGGAAAUUGUUUUAAAUGAAUUAAUUGGAGAGCCUCAGAAUAAAGAAGGUAUUGAUAUUUUAAAGAAGAUCAAGACUUUUCGAGAAUCUUAUGUUAAACAAUUAACCUCCCAUAAUCAAAAAGAACAAGAUGAUUGGAGUCAUGAAGUACUGAUAGCCAAAGUCUAA